AUGUUAGCCAAGCGAGGUUAUGAGACCUCGAUUCUGGCACUUGCAACUGUCGUCGGCGCCACCCCGCUACUAUCGACUGCCGACUCAAAACACCAACAUUGUUUAUUCGCCUCGGGCGAGAGUGGCAGACUGGGCCUGCGCAGCUGGUCAGCAGACUUGGAGAGCGCGCCUAUGAACUCUCAGACUCGUGAUGAAGGCCCGUUAUGGCGAAUCUGGGCGAGGCUUUUGGAUACUCUGCGGGUUCCAAAAGGGUCCCUUGACGAUAUUCAAGGCAGACAAGAGACUUGCGACCUGUGUGAAAGAGAUUACAUAAACCCGCAAAUAGUCAAGUGGGAAAUCCCUUCUACAGCCAGUGUCUUUGAUGUUUUCUGUGCUGACUCUAGAAAAUGUAGCCUUCCAAGGGAUCUGGUUUCAACUGUUUUUGUCACAACAACAUUGACAACUACCAGCACCUUCACGUCUUUCUCGGCAACGGUUAUAUCUACGGUGACCCAGACACUGACUUUUGUUGAUGUAAUACAACCCACUGCUGCUAUCCCACCGCCCCUUAAAAUCAGACGCUCAAAUGCUCAGCAAAGCGGCGGUGCAAAGGCUACUACUGCAUUUCUGGCAACCAAGACUCUGCCAAGGCGCCAGCAAGACAGCAGCGCAGGAGAGCCGUUGCUUGAAAGCACAACAACAGUGACAGCUACGAGUACUUCGACCACUACUGUGACCGUCCAAGGUGGAACUCGGACGCGUUUCCACACUGUGUUUGAGACAACUAGGAUUGCUGCUGGCAUUUCAAGUACUUUCUCGGCUGGGCUGCCAGGAGUAUCAAGUACUGUUGCAAGGCCGACAAAUACGGACAGGUCAGAUGCAGGGCCAGGAGAAACGACUCUUUCCUCUGUGCCAUCAUCAACCCUGACACCAACAGGCGGUCUAUCUCCCAGCACAGUGAUAACUGUCACCAUAACCACUGGACCUGUUAUUACGACCAUAAUAAACCCCAUCAAGACGCUGACUCAAACCACAUUCCCAUCAUCAGCCCCUCCAACACGGCCCGUUGGCCAAGCCCAAUCAUCUCUGAGGGCAGACCAGAUAUCAGGGAUAGUUCUUGGCAUCAUACUAUUCAUCAUACUUCUAAUCAUCUUAAGUUUACUAUUCUUACGAAGGGCGCAAAAUCGACGGUCGAUAGAAGCGAGCCAGCGCCAGCAACUAAGCCCAGAAUGUGGCCUGGUCCCCUUCAACUCGCCGGCGACCUCGCAUUCAACUCCAGGCAGCGCGGGCCAGGUCCGUAUAGUCAUCCGACCGGCGCCGCCGUCCUCGAUAUCCGCUAGGGGCGACUCAUGGCCCUUACCGCCGGGUCACGAGGGCCAGCCCACGCUCUUUCUGGACAACAAUGGCAGCACACCUGUGCGGAUGACGCCCACGCGUUGGAGCAUCACGAGCGACUUUGGCGAUAUGCCAGGCAGCGGCGGUAUGGUGCAGAACAGCGGCCCGCUCGCAUCGCAGCGCAACUCGGGAGUGCCGUCCUCGGGCGUUAUGGGGAAUAUGAGCCCAGGGCCAAGUGUCAGAGACAGGACAGAGGGCUACUAUUUCACCCCUGCCGGCGGGGGCGACAGCGAGGACACGGGAGAAGCUGAAAGGUCGUCCCCGGCCAGGAACGAGAGCCAGCCUAAUACUAGCGGACCCGAGAGCGUGGGAGGACCAUCAAGGGGCAGCAGCACCUUUCGCACAAGGCUUGCGCCGCCGCCCUACCAAUUUGGGCCACCUGAUUGGGGAGGUGUUGGCUACGGUCGUGCAUUUUGA